AUGUCAGAAGAACAGAAGGGUGAAGUAUGUGUUCUCUCGGGUGGCUUAGCCAUCAGUCGUGAGCCCAGCUUUGAGGUAACGUGGAGGGCUGUCGAUAAAGAAAACCCGAGAACCUGGCCAGUAUGGUAUAGAUGCUUCGUUGUUGCCGCCACAUCCUUUUCGACCACAAUAGUGUAUGUUUGCUUCUAUCACGAGCGGCAAUAUCAUACCAAGAACAGCCUUGACGGAAUGCAGAGUACCUUCAAAUCUUCGGAAACCGUUAUGCUUCUGGGUCUGACGACGAAUCUUUUUGGUCUUGGAAUCGGCUCGGCCGUUCUUUCAUCACUAUCUGAGCUCUAUGGCCGAAGGCCUAUCUACAUUCUCUCCGUCUUUUUCUUUGGCAUAUUUGUUUUGCCUGUGGCUCUCGCAAAGAAUGUUGAAACCAUCUUGAUUAGCAGAUUUCUCAGUGGUUUCUUUGGGGGAGUCUCAAUCUCCAGCGGGCCAGGAAGCGUCGCUGAUGUGACUAAUGAUCAAUAUCGUGCUCUGGCAUUGAGCUGUUGGAGCCUUGGAACGAUGAAUGGCCCUGUACUAGGGCCUAUAAUUGGCGGAUUUAUCUUUCAGUAUCUUGGCUGGCGCUGGAUCAAUUGGAUUGUCUUGAUCUCUACUGGUGUCUCACUCAUUCUGAUGUUCAUGGUCAAAGAAACAUACGCACCCGCCCUACUUCGCCAACGGACCAGGAAACUACAGAAAGAAACGGGCGAUCUUCGUUGGUGGUGUCGAUUUGACCAUGAGCAGACGGGGCUUCAAAUUCUCAAAACGAACUUGAUUCGACCCGUUAGGAUGAUUUUCUUUGAGCCGAUUUGUGUCUUUUGGAACUUGUAUAUUGGGGUUGUUUAUGCAGUCCUUUUCCUAUGUUUCGUCGCCUAUCCCAUAGUCUUCCAAGAGCAUCGGGGUUGGUCCCCGAGUCUUGCAGGACUAGGCUACUGUGGCAUUGGGAUCGGAACUGCUAUCGCAGUGAUUUCCGAGCCUCUGAUCAGAAGGGUAAUCAAUUUGCACCCAUCAGAUCCAAGCACAGGGCGGCCCGCCCCCGAGGCUGCAGCGUGGGCAGUGUGUUUGGGAAGUGUUCUGAUUCCGAUCGGAGAGUUCUGGUUUGCAUGGACGGCUAAAUCGUCGAUUCAUUGGAUACUCCCGAUCCUUGCAGGGCUUCCAUUUGGAUUAGGCAACGGGUUGGUCUUUAUCUACGCGACCAACUACAUAGCUGGAAGCUACACAGUUUAUGCAGCCUCGGCCAUGGCAGGCAAUUCAAUCGUGCGAUAUGGCCUUGGUGGCGUUCUCCCUCUUGCUGGGUCUAAGAUGUACCAUACUCUUGGGCCUAACUGGGCUGGGACUAUGUUGGCCAUCAUUGAGGUCGUAUUGAUCCCGAUCCCAUUUUUCUUUUACAAGUUUGGCCACAAAAUUCGACUGAGAAGCCCUAUGAUCAUGAGAGACAUAGGGAGGGGAGUAUCUAGCAAAUGA